AUGGCGGCGGCUAUACCGACGAUGCAGCGAAGAGGGGAUGCCCCGACUGGGCUGCGAGAUUGGAACUUGCUGAUCCGAUCCCGCGGACGGGAACGUGCAUGGACCGAGGCCCUGGGUAUGCUGGACGACCUCCCGGCACAGCGCCUCGAGCCGGACAAGUCCACCUGUUCAAUCCUCCUCCGUGUUUGUUCGGAAGCGAGCCGAUGGCAAGCGUCGAUUCAGCUGCUGUCGGAGUGGGCAGACUCUCAUCGGGAGCUCGACGUCGUGUGCUUCAACGCGGCGGUCAUCGCCUGCAAAUGUGGCAGCCAAUGGCAGAGCGCGUUGAAUGCACUGGCCAGUAUGCCUGAAUACCGUGCAGCCGCAGACGCAGUCACGUACGCCUCGGUGAUCAGCGCCUGCGAGAAGGCCUGCCAAUGGGAAGUCGCGCUGUGCCUCUUCAGCGACAUGCCGGGGCACCGUGUUCGGCCGGAUGCCGUGGCUUGCAGUGGGGCUUUGAGAGCCAUCGCUGAGGGCCGGCAAUGGGCCACGGCCUUUGGUCUCCUCUGGGAGCUCAUCUCUUAUAUGGUCGAGGUGAACACCUUCGCCUUCAGCAGCACGUUGAAGUCGCUGGAAGGGUCCGGCCAUUGGGACCUAGCGCUGCACACCUUGGAGGAGAUGGAGCAGUGGAGUUUGGGCAAAGACCUGGUGAGCUACAAUACGGCCAUGACGGCGUGCGAGACGAGCGGCCAGUGGCAGGCGGCACUGGCAUUAGUGCAGGCGCUGGUCAACUCGAGCGUGGCGCCAGACAAGUUCAGCUACGGGGCUCUCCUGCGUGCAAGUGCUGCGGGGCUGCAGUGGCAGCUCUCUUGCGCUCUCCUCGCAGAAGAGAGAAGCCUGCGCAGCGACAACUACUGCUGCAGUGCGGCCAUGGUGGCCUGUGCCGAAUGCGAGGAGUGGUCUUCUGCGUUGGCUUUGCUCACAGAGCUGCGUCGUUCUGGUGCGAGCUUGGACAAGGUCAGCUACUCCGCAGCGAUCGGUGCUUGCGGCCGAGGCUCCCUGUGGCGGCUGGCGGUGUCCCUUGUUGCCUCCAUGAUGCGGAGGAAGCUGACUCCAGAUGGGGUGCACGUCGGCGAUGCCGUGAGCUGCGUGCGCCAGGCCCGUGGUGAAGACGCGGCGCUGGACUACUUGCUCACGCUGCGGCGCCCCUGGGGUGCCCUCUUGGACAUGCCGUCGAGCCGGGCGGUUGUCAAGGUUCCGUCCCUGGUUUGGGAGCCUCCGUUUCUGGCGGUGCUGAAGCCUGCGGGCACGGCCACGGAGGAGUUCCUCCGCCGGCUUGCGGUGGAACUUGCGCCCCCGGCCACGCCGCCCAUGAGCAUCGCCACGCCCUCCAGGCUGGACCAUCCCACUUCCGGCGUGCUGCCUGUGGCCCUCGGCACGGGCGGUUCGUUUGCUCCAAACUGGCUCAUCAGCCAAUUCGCUGCAAGGCUGGUCAAGAAGGAGUACGUCUGCCUCUGCGAAGGACCAGAGCUGGGGGAGGUGGGCGAGGUGGGGUCCAUCUCAACGCCGCUGCUCACAGAGGAGGUUGGCAAGGCCCUGGUCACUCGCGUCUCGCCGGAAGGGCGGGAGGCGCGGACGCUGUACGAGGUCGUUGACAGCUACCCGCUUCCUCCCCCUGCCUCGGCAGAUCAGAGGCUGACGCUGCUCAAGAUUCGGCUCCUCACCGGCCGUACACAUCAGAUCCGCGUGCACCUCGCCAGCAUCGGCCAGCCACUGGUGGGCGAUCGCACGUAUGGCAAUCGACAGGGUUUCCCAUGCGCGCGGAUGUUCCUUCACUGCCGGAAGGUCUCUUUUCGAAACUUUGAGGGGAAGGUCCUGGAAGCUGUGGCGCAGCUGCCACACGAGCUACAAGAGCUCCUGGUCUACCAGAUGAUCGGGAACUAUGGUGCGCUAAGCAUGACUUGUUCCGAGCUGUUUGGCCACGAUGCGGUUCCGCCUGAGCAGGCGAGCAGCUGCCUCAUCAGCAUGCUGGACCGGCGGGAGUUGCCUCCGAUGUUGAUGGACGCCAUGGCCAGCGCGAUGGAGGAUCCAGAUCAGCUCUCUGCGAUUUUCGGGCCUGUCCUGAACCAGGUGUGCCAGCGACUGAAGGGCCGCAAUCUGGUUGACCAGAAACUCGAGGUUGGCAAGCGGAAAGCUUUCCAGCCCUGCGACGACGUCGACCCCUCACUGAAGCUGGUCCGGUCCGCCUCAGCAAACCUUGCGAAGCAAACCGGGCGUCCCCGCGCCGUCGCGCGGGCGGCGCUCGACGCGCUGGGUGAGGACCGCGACCAAGCAUGCCGACUCCUCCUCUCCGGGCUGGCGCUGGCUGUGCUGGACAGCGAGCCUUGCGAGGUGGAGCUGCUUGCCAAAGGCAUCCCGGCCUGGCUAAAGGAUGAGGCAGACGACCCCAGCCCGCCGAUCCUCAGCGUAGGCGCUUUCGAUGGCUGCUUCCUCCUGCGUGUGCAGAAGCACCGCCAGGAGCCCCUGCGCCUCUUCGCCCUGGAGCCCGUGGACGUCUGCUUGCUCUCAGCCAAGACCGUGACGGUGGACGAGGCGCCCCGAGGUAGUGUUUAG